AUGCCUGAGGAAGAAGUGUUUGAAAAAUCACAAGAGAAGAAAGGGAAACUAACAGUUGUUUUGGUACUGGCCACCCUUAUCUCCACAUUUGGGUCUUCUUUCCAGUAUGGCUACAAUGUUGCAGUGGUCAACUCUCCGGCCCCGUUCAUGCAGCAGUUCUACAACCAAACAUACCAGGACCGCUAUGGAGAUUCCAUUGAGGACAGCUUGCUGACCCUGCUAUGGUCCCUGUCUGUGUCCAUGUUCCCACUAGGGGGGUUUAUUGGUUCCCUGAUGGUAGGACCCUUGGUAAACAAGUUAGGACGAAAAGGCACUCUUCUAUUCAACAACAUCUUCUCUGUCAUCCCUGCCAUUAUGAUGGGAACAAGUGAAGUGGCUAAGUCUUUUGAGAUCAUCAUAAUUGCUCGCAUUCUGGUGGGCAUUUGUGCAGGCCUCUCCUCCAAUGUGGUGCCCAUGUACCUGGGUGAACUUUCCCCAAAGAACUUGCGGGGAGCCAUUGGUAUCGUGCCCCAGCUCUUCAUUACUGUGGGUAUCCUCACUGCACAAGUAUUUGGCCUGCGCCACCUGCUAGGCAACAACACAGGGUGGCCAAUUAUGCUGGCUCUGACAGGGAUCCCUGCCAUAGUGGAGCUGCUCAUGCUGCCAUUCUUCCCUGAGAGUCCCCGCUACAUGCUCAUUCAGAAGGGUAAUACUGAGAAGGCCCGCAGAGAUCUGCAGCGCCUCCGUGGCUGGGAGGAAGUGGAUGGGGAACUGACAGAGAUGCGAAUCGAGGACCAGUCGGAGAGAGCAGAGGGGCAUCUGUCUGUACUUAAUCUCUUUUCCUUCCAGUCUUUGCGUUGGCAGCUGGUAUCCGUCAUUGUCAUGAACAUGGGCCAGCAGCUGUCCGGCAUCAAUGCGAUCUACUACUAUGCAGACAGCAUCUACGCCUCUGCAGGAGUCCAAGAGAACAAAAUUCAAUAUGUUACACUGGGAACAGGGGCUGUGAAUGUCUUUAUGACUGUGGCAACGGUGUUCAUCGUGGAGGCCUCUGGGAGGAAGCUUCUCCUUCUCUGCGGGUUUGGUACCUGCUGUGGGGCCUGCCUACUGCUAACUGUGACUCUGACCUUCCAGAAUACUGUGAAUUGGAUGCCCUAUCUGAGUAUCGUCUGUGUCAUUGUCUACGUUAUUGGACACGCUAUUGGUCCAAGUCCAAUUCCCUAUGUCAUCACUACGGAGAUUUUCCGCCAGUCAUCCCGACCAGCUGCCUUCAUGGUUGGGGGCUCAGUUCAUUGGCUCUCCAACUUCACAGUAGGUCUGGUGUUUCCCUUCAUGGAGAAAGGGUUGGGGCCAAACAGCUUCAUCAUUUUUGCCUUCAUCUGCCUGGCCUCACUGAUCUACAUCUGGGCCAUUGUGCCAGAGACCAAGAAUAAGACCUUUCUGGAGAUCAGCCAGCUAUUUGACAAGAGGAACAAGGCAAAGGUCCAGGGAGGUGUACAGGCAGAAGCAUGCAGCAGUGAAAACCAGGGGCCAAACAGUGAAGACCUGGCUGUCUGUGUCACUGGGUUUUAA